AUGGAAUUUGUUUAUUUACUUAUUUCUUUUUUUUUUUUUUGUUAAUUUAACUCAUUUUUUUAUUUUUAAAUUUUGCUUUUCUUAUAAAUUGAUUCAUUUAUUAAUAUUUAAUAUUUUUAUUCAUUUUUUUCUUCUAGCUAACUAAUUAGAUAUAUAUUUUUUCUUCAAUAUUUAAAAAGAUUGAAUUAAAUUGAUAAUGAAGGUGCAUCAGGCUUAGGUUCUGCCUUAGGAAAGUGCACUAAUCUCUCAAAAUUGGAACUACACCUUAAUGGAAAUGAAAUUGGUUCUAAAGGUAUAUCAGGUUUAACCUCUGGUUUAGGAAAGUGCACUAAUCUCUCUAAAUUGACACUUGGUCUUCAAGGAAAUUAGAUUGGUGAUGGAUAUGAAUCAGUAUUAGUUUCUGAUUUAAGAAAUUGCACUAAUCUCUCAAAUUUGGAACUUGAAUUGAGAAACAAUUAAUUUGAUAAAUAUGCUGCAUAGGACUUAGGUUUUGAUUUAGGAAAAUUAACUAACAUCAAAAAAUUAAAACUUGAACUAGGAAGAAAUUAUAUUGAGGAUGAAGGUGUAUAGUGGUUAAGUUGUGGUUUAGGAGAGUGUAUAAAUCUCACAAAUUUGGUUCUUGAUCUAGGGGAAACCGAUAUUUCUAUUGAAGGGGCAUUACAAUUAGCUUAUGGUUUAGGAAUUUGCGCUAAUCUUUCAAAUUUGACUCUUUAUCUUGGAGACUAAAUCUAAAAAUCAUAAGACCAAUUCAAAGUAAAAAGUAAGUAUCUCAAAUUAAAAAGAUUAAUUUUCUUAGAAAUAGAAUGGUGA